GACUGCUUUACAUUAGGAUAUACAUUAGUUUUAUUCUUACAUCUGAAGAAGACGGGAAUAAUAACCCGAGGUUUUAAUUCUCGCUAACAUCUGUCCUUGCAUCUCCAUCUCCAGUCUGGCCCCUCACUUUCUCUCACCACCCGUUAUUAUCUUCUAUGGUAAUUUUCUUGGCCUUGUUGCCUACUAACCACAAGGCAGCGACAUAUAGGGCGACUUGCGACUUGAUGAAAAUCAAAUUGCAAUCUUCAAAGUACUACGUGUGCUCCUUGUUUGAUGCACGAUUGGCUGGCGAAGGAGUAGAGAGAGAGAGGGAUCAUCCUCUGAGUGUCUUAUAACAUCAAACCGAAUCAAGAGUGACUGCUGCCUACCAUCGCGAUGACCAGUCAGAAAAUGAGAAAUAUGGCUUCAUCCUACGGAACGGCCGAGUGGGGGCUCCAUUUCCAAGAGGCGAAUGGGGAUUGUCAAUCUCCGAUCAACAUAAACUCCCGAGAAACCGUCUACAAGGAGAGCCUGAACCAACCCCCGUUGGAAGUCAAUUAUGCACUGUGUCGGGAUUGCGAUCUUAUCAAUACAGGCACUGGUAUACAAAUCAUCUUCAAAUAUAAAUCAGAUGUCGGGAUGACAGGUUUACGUGAUACUAGUCUAGAUCCUGUACCAAAGUCGGUUCUAAGCGGUGGACCACUACCUAGUAAUUCAAAGUUUGAGUUGGCUGCCUGUGCAUUUCACUGGGGUCAGAAAGAUGAUAGAGGCUCCGAGCAUACUGUCAACUUCAAAGCUUAUCCUAUGGAGCUUCACCUAAUUCACUGGAAUAGUUCAACCUAUAAUACGUUGGAGGAGGCGAUGGGCAAACCACAUGGUAUAGCCAUCAUAGCUCUCUUUAUACAGGUUGGUCGAGAGCAUACCGGCCUUCGAACAUUUACCGACUACCUUGAAGCCGUCCAAUAUAAGGGAAGAACUUUAGGGGUAACAACGCCAUUUCAUCCAAGUUGUUUACUUCCGGAUCCUCAACUUCGUGAUUUUUGGACGUACCAAGGUUCCUUGACCACGCCCCCUUGUUACGAAAGGGUCACGUGGAUUCUCUUCCGGUAUCCUCUCACGAUAUCCAUCUCACAGAUGGAAGAGUUCCGACGAUUGAAGAAUCACGUGAAAGGUGAUUUCUCCUUCCGGGGUGAAGAGGGAUUGUUGGUGGAUAACUUCCGGCCAACACAGCCACUCAAUGAUAGAACAAUAGAAGCCUCGUUCCAGUAAUCUAAUUAUUCGUGUAAUUAUAUUUGAUAAUUUGUCCCUGUGCAGUGUAAACAUAUUAAAUAUAUAUGUUCGAAGAAUUAUGUAGUAUUAUUAUUCGAAUUGAAUGUCAAAAUGAUAAAGAGAAGAAAACAAUUAUAUAUUAUUCUACAAAUCCAAUGAAAAUCAUCACGGGUGUCUGUUAGAACAGACAGUGACAGAUGAGGUGUAUGCCUUAAUUAUCCAUAUCAGAAUUUUUACAUGUUUAAUAUCAUUCAUACUGUACCGAUUUGAUCAGUAGGCCUAUAUAGUAGGGCGAAGCUCUAUUAAAAUAAGUUACAUCAUUGCCAACUGAAUUGUAUAAAUUUGUCCAGAUUGGCAAACUUUAUUUGGGUCAUUGUAAUGCACAUUCCAUGUCUUAUAGUCAUAGGGAUUCAGUUUUGUAUUGUCUAGUAAUAACCUUAUAUGUGUGUCUUAUAAUUAAAUUUAUCUAAAUACCUCACUUGAAAUGACGUGCAUAAUUUAUUAAUUUUCUAAAUCUGAAUGCUCUGAAACAAAUAUUUUUGCUAUUAUGAUGGGUUUUAUGAGUUUUAUGAUAACAACCAACCAACUUGAAAGCGUUGUUAUACUUCAUAUCAUGUUCAUCUAACUCUAUAAGAUUAUACUCGACUUUUUGUUUUAUUUUUCACAUGUUUAUUACUCAAAAUUAUGUAGCCUAUAUUUUCAUUAUACACCAAGAUACAGUCGUUUAGGCACAGGCAUUCCUGUAAGACUUU